GUAUCGCGUCCCUAGACACAACCCUAGACUUCCUCCUGCUCUUUCCUUCCCAGUGAACAAAGCCAGCAUACCUCACACUCCUUCGCGGCGGCGAUGGCUUCCGGCGGUGCUGCCUCCACCAUCAACAGCAACAGCAACAGCAACAGCAACAGCAGCGUUGUGGUCGCCUCUGCCGCACCCGCGGUCGAGUGGCACCUGAGGCCUCCCAACGCUAAGAAUCCCAUCGUUUUCUUCGACGUCACCAUCGGGUCCAUCCCCGCCGGCCGCAUCAAGAUGGAACUCUUCGCUGACAUCGUCCCGAGGACGGCCGAAAACUUCAGGCAAUUUUGCACUGGAGAAUACAGAAAAGCAAAUUUACCAAUUGGUUACAAGGGAUGCCAGUUCCAUCGAGUAAUUAAGGACUUUAUGAUUCAAGGAGGUGAUUUUCUCAAGGGUGAUGGAAGUGGCUGUAUAAGUAUCCAUGGAAGUAAAUUUGAAGAUGAAAAUUUUAUUGCAAAGCAUACGGGCCCUGGUUUGCUUUCUUUGGCAAACAAUGGGGCAGAUAGUAAUGGAUGCCAGUUCUUUAUAACAUGCGCAAAAUGUGACUGGCUAGACAACAAGCAUGUAGUCUUCGGGAGAGUUCUAGGAGAAGGGCUCUUGGUGGUCAGGAAGAUUGAGAAUGUGGCUACAGGACCGAACAAUCGCCCAAAGCUUGCUUGCGUGAUAGCCGAAUGCGGAGAAAUGUAGAAAGUUCAGUGUUGCUCGACUUUGUUGAUCAAUGAUACCAUCUCAGGUGUUCCAUGACAAAAGACUUGCCGCUAACUUUUUAUGCCACUUGUAGAGUUGGGUAGUUUGAUUCAUUUCCGUCCAGUAAUAAUAAUAUUUCGACUUUAAUGACGGAAAAAACUGGAGAGGCAGUGGCAUGUCCGCAGUUAAACAACACGAACUUGCCAAUGUCUUUUUACAUGCUGCCACUGUAUGAAUAUGAUAUUGUUUAUUUA